GAAAAGUCCAACAAUCUUGUAGCUAGGAAAAUUGAAAUACAUCAUUAUUGUACAGUGACUGUAGAAGAGUGUAAGCGUUUGCCUUGGUUUUUCGAUUGAUGAUUUACUUAAUUGUAGCGACCACGACACAGGACUGGAGCACAAGUCCAGGUUCUCCAGAUGAAGACCAGGUCGGCUUGCAUGCUCCGAUAGUCCGAUGGCUAAAAAUGUAAGUGUAUGAUUCAAAAACGGCUUAGAUUUCUUUAGCGACAUCGAUGUGGUACGACGAAAACAUGACAAACACCACAACCACCGAACUGGCCAUUCCACUGGAAAUGGCGCAGUAGCGACAAUAUCCAGGAGUCGCAGAUGCAGCGAGGGCUGCUAGUAACGAAGGAAUACCACCGCCAUUCAAGUACAUCAUGAGCCGAACCGCAACGGGCAAGCAGCCCGUUCUCGGCGCAGAUCAGCAACAACGGCAGAAGCAGGAUGAGCAAUUGAAACUCAGGUUCAAAUCUGCUGAGGCGCGCGAGGCACUGUACAAGCUCUUACGAGAAUCCAGCGAGCAGCAACCGGCCUCGUAUGACUUGGCGAAAGAAAAAGCGCAUCUGCGGGAGAGUAUCGAGGCGUGGCAUGAAAUUUGCAAGGUCGGGGCUUUGCAAAACCAAAAACCGGAGCCGGACAAAACUCUAGCAGAGGCUGCCCGAGAAGAACUCAAGUACACUCUUACUGUCUCUCCGAGUUUCACGCACUCCAAAUGGGCGGCAGAGUUGUUUGCCUAUGCGGUGGAAACUUUUAACGUCGAUCUAAACCACGUUAUCGACAACACGAAGGGCGAAACUCUCUUUUUCUACGUCUGCAGGGACGCCCCACUGUCGGUCGUGCGUCUCUGUGUCGAAAAAUACGGAGCUCGUUUCGAUGUGUACGAUACACCCCUCACGUUGAAGAAAAGCGGCAUGCAGUUACCCUUCGACCGUAACCCGUUGCAUUGGGGCUUUUCCAACCGUGACUUUUCCUACGAGCUCGCCCCUUAUCUCCUGGAGCGUGCCCUGGCGCACAAGCGAACCACGAAACAGAACUUGCUCUACGACAGUACCGGCACGGUGAGCUUUUUCCUGUUGUCGCUCGUGCACGGCCAAAAACUGCUGGAUUAUGGGCUUACCCACACCGUAAAGUUCAAGACGUUGCGUUUCCCGAGCUUUCUCACUCUCCUGCACUUCUUCGGCGCCAUGCGUGCACCGGCGGGCCAGUUCAACAAAGGUACGGUUGUAAAGCAGGCGACUGCGAAGGAAAAAGAGGCCGAAGUGCGAGUGCGAGAAGAGGCUUUUGAGGAGUUGCUGCGACCUAUGAUCGCAGAAGACCUGCUGCAAGGUACCAAAGCGGUCCUGGGUUCUGGCGAAGCCCUCAGCGGGGAUGGGACGAUUUCCGCUGAGCAGCAGCGUCUUCUCUUCUCCAUGUUGCUGCAGAACGAAGUGGCGCCGCCAAUGGAAGGAGAAGAAUUUUGUCUUCACUACGGUAGCCAACAUCAGGUUCAGAUGGAACCGUCUCUGGCAAGCAGCGAGGACGCAGCUGCAGCGGCUACCUACUACACAUUCGAACCUGAUACAGAGGAGGGGUCGGAACUGUGGACGGCCAUCGUCGCGGACGUCAAAGACGGAGAGCCCGUACCGGACCGCGCCGGUGUCUUUGAAGAAGCCAACGCGCAAUGUAAAAAGCGCAAUGCAAAUACAGAGAGGUCCGGGCUAUUGUUGAAGCGGAAGCCUUCGGUCCUGGAAGAUGUGUUCGCAGUGUAUCCCGCCUUGUCGCUAAAGUUUUACCCGCCGGAACAAUUUUCGAAAAGCAGCAUGCACCUCAUCGCAUUUGUGAACCGGCGGCUGUUGCAAAAGUUUGGCGUGACAAAGAAGGAAAUUUUUUCUCCAGUCGAUGGCGGACGCGCACUGCUUCUGGAUCGCCCGGAGUCCUCGCGAGUGCGUUUUCUGCAAUCUUUUCGCGCGUCUGCAGAAAAUGCGGACAUCGGCACGCAUCACGUGAAAUUUUUCACGGACUUCUUCGGAGACGAGUGGACCAAUCACGUGACUGAGUCCCUGAUCAAGACCGACCGGUUUCGGGGUACGAAUAAAGACGAGACGCCGGACGAGACUCGAGCCACUUUCAAAAAGCAGCACAACGACCUAAGAGACACGUGGAGAAAGGAAGUGAAAGCAGCAGCCACUGCGGCCACGACCCCUGUAAUAGCGGAAAGUAAGAAGGAGGAGCCGGAGCCGGCCCCCGAGGCUUUAUUGUUGACCCCUCGGCGCGCCGGCACGGUGCCUGCGGUGCAUGUGUCCCGGUGGCAGCACCUGCACUGGAUGCUGCGGCACUUCCCCACACAAGACGUUAACUUCGCAUUCGUCGUGUCGGCGAUUGGCAGCGCGGCGUUUAGCGCAUUGCAUUGGACGAGUUACUUUGGAAAAGUGGCGCACGAUCCGGAUCUGUUUGUCGGUUACGAGUUCCGGAAUGUGAAAGCGCACGUGAAGCGGUACUUUCUUGACGCCAGCAAGCGCCGCGGCGGCGUACAAUCACCAGAACUAGCCCUCGCUCAAGCUCGGUGCCACAAGCUAGAAUUCCUCUGCCAUCCUCAAAAGGCGCACCUGUCGAAGAUUGACGUCCUCCUCGAGGAAAUGAGUGUGAACACGCGCGCGGCAGUAGGCGCUACGCCAAUCGUGAGCGCGCUCAACAGCCUGUCGCGGACCGGGAUUCCAGACGAUAUUGCAGCGGAAAGCGUGGUGCACUUGCUGCUGCGCGGCGCAGUGCCGGGCCUCGUAACCUCCCGGACAAGGGACCGGGCGUGUCUAAAGAAGCUGGAGCCGGAUUCCAGGAAUAAGCUAACCGACCUCAUUAAAGCCGAACUGAAAAAAAUAAUCGAUAUCGAGAUGCCAGCGCUAUGGAAGAUGGCUACGGGAGCUGUUUCCAGCUUCUAUACAAAAACCGCGUCUACAGCAAGCCCGACCACUGGCACGGCAACCGCUGCAAACAACGACCCAGAUUCCUCUCUCUUACGCCAAUGCGCGGAGCAAAUGCGCAGCUUGCUCGAAAAGAAGAUCGCGGUCCCGACAUCUUUUUCGGGUCUGCUCGGCGCAAGACUGGGUCUGGGCCAGCUUACGAAACCAUCUCCGACAGAAUCGGAGCAGUACUUGCCGAGCCUUGGUUGCCUUCUGGACAUUCACAACUUCACCGCGCCACCUGGGAGCACUGUUCCUCAAGAAAAUUCGAACUGUGGUGGUGGAACCCUGUUGCACCUCGCGGUAAGCCUGCUCCCGGUGCUGGAUGAGAAAGCAACGGCACAGCAGAAAUCGUCCAUACAAGGUCAACACAAAAAGGGCGCACAGCUUGUGGAGUGGCUGCUGAAAAACGAAGACCCUCGUUGCCGUGUGGACCUCUUUCGCCUGGACCACACACUGUCGCGAUCGGCACUUUUUCUGGCGGCGGAACGCGGAGCUACAGCGGUGAUGCAAGUGUUGUUGGACUUUGCCGCCACUGCCGACGGACGCAAACAGUUCGAAGCCCGUGCCCGAAUGUUGCCUCCGCCGGUCUUCGUGCCAAGCUUGACAGCGGGGGGUACGCGGCCUCCUACACCUCGACAGGACCAAAUCAGCCCUGCCCUUGCUGAUGACGCGUCAGUCGUGAGCGCGAAGCGACGAAAACUUGAAGCGGGUCUAUCUAGCGCAGCGACAGCAGUAGCAGCGGCCAGCAGCGCAACUUCGAGGCUUGGGCCACCUCCAGCAACUGCGCAGUCGUCAAUGUUGACGCAACCUAAGUUGUUCGUCGAAUCUCAAGAGCGGUCAGCGACGAUCGACGCCGUAGACGGGGUUUCGCUGAAACUAGGAUGGACGAGCACCGCCAAGAAAGCGGGUCACGAAGGCAUACUCCAGAAGGCAGCGGCUGGUGGUGCAGUUACAGUACGAGCGGGGCUCACCGCGGCGCAACUCUGGCUGGUUAACCAGGUGGACCGUUCCGCCGAACCGGCGACGCCGCUAGUGGCGGCAUGUGACUCGAAACAGGUGGGAGCCGUGCGGUGGCUGCUCGAGCAUGGCGCGGUCAAGCCGGAACAAGCGCCGCCCGGCGUCGGCGUGAAACCGAAGUCGCCAGCCUUACAACAAACGGGAACAGCUACCGCGGCGAGCAGCACGGUCGGUGCGAACAACAAAAGCAAAGCAAAGGCGAAGACCAAGCAAAGUGCGCCUGUAGUAAGCGCAGCGUCCGAGCGGUUCGCCAAGAGACAACGCGGCGAAGACGGGCAGCAACUGACGCAGCGGCAACAAAGAAACGCGCAACAGGACGCGGUAGCUGCGGAGUUUCAGCAGCAACAGGAACAGCUCAGGAGUGCCAACAGUACUGCUAACAAACGAGGACGGCCAAAAGUGGCGCCAUCGAUUAUACAAUCAAACCCACUGCUGAACAACGGCACUCUACAACUGAAUGCCGCCCAGCAGCAGGUUCAAGUAGCUGGCACUGGCGCACCAACCUUGCAUUUUCUUCCGCAAACAAGUAUGCCACAGUACGCAGCUGCCGGUGCCUCGUCCCCGCCGGUAGAAGAGCCGGUCUACCAGGAGCUGUGGGGCCCGGAUGAACAGGUUGUCGAGCGCGAGUGGGAAGUGCGGGUCGUCCAGCGCCCCGACGGCGAGACGAUUCCGGACGCGCCUGACCACAUCAAGCUGCUGAUGGAGUUUUUCGAUCCAAACGACCCCGACGUCAUCAUUCCCUACGGGUGUCCGGAGUACGCUGCGUUCCUGAACUACGUGAGUAAGCAGGGCUUCUACAUCGGUUGGCCCGACCACACGGAAUUUGACAAGAAGCUGAUGGACGAACAGGAAAAGCACGGCCGCGUCCUUGGCGUGCGCUGGGGCGGGAAAGAGGCAGAGGAGGUGCUAAACCGCUACGCAGCUGCCCAGGCUGGCAAGCACAAAGGCGUCCUCCACGCUCCGCCCUCGACGGGGAAGAAGAAUGGUGUGAAGCCACCAUCCGUAAGGGUCAACUGAAGGCGUCUGUCACGUGCUUCAUUCGGCAGCAGACUCAGGCUGGUUAUCGCUGCCCGCGGUGAAAUCUGAUCAAGCGGAUCGAAAUAAACCGCGUGAAUUUUUCUUUGUACUUCUACGAGCUGAUUUUUUAAAUGAACAAAAGUCAAAUGACUCGGGACGAUUGAAAGCAUGACAGAAGAGGAGAUAACGCAACGCCCUCUGCAUCACGAUCUAGUCAGAAGUUUGGGAACCUGUACCGGGCUGCAGAAAUUAUGUAACUUUAACAAAAAAGCUACAGGUGCACCAGACUGCAGACUGCACUCGCUUUUACUUAAU